UAAAUAUAGCCAGAACAUUCAGUUUAAAGGCAAAAUAACAUUGCUCUUGGAGUUUGAGAUGUAUCAAAAACUGACACCCUUAUUUUCAAAAUCGUGUAGGGGAACAUGUACCGGUCACUCAGCAUUCUUUGGUGAGGAGGCAUCUCCAUAUACUUUACUUGAUAUCUGCUUGAAUUUUCUGACCGCUGACCUAGAAAAGUUUUGUACAGAAAGGCAAGAUGGAACACUGUGCUUGCAGGAGCCAGGAAUAUUUCCACAAGAAGUGGCUGAUCGACUGCUGCAGACUAUGGCAUUUCAUGGGCUGCUAAAUGAUGGAACUGUGGGCAUCUUCCGAGGCAACCAGAUGCGUUUGAAACGAGCUUGUAUCCGCAAAGCAAAAAUCUCUGCAGUGGCUUUCCGGAAAGCAUUUUGCCAUCACAAGCUGGUAGAACUUGAUGCUACAGGGGUGAAUGCAGAUAUUACAAUCACAGACAUCAUAAGUGGACUUGGCAGCAAUAAAUGGAUCAAACAAAACCUUCAAUGCCUUGUGCUGAACUCAUUAACUCUCUCCUUGGAAGACCCAUAUGAAAGAUGCUUUAGUCAGUUGUCUGGUCUUCGUGCUUUGAGCAUUACCAAUGUUCUGUUCUACAAUGAAGACUUAGCAGAUGUUGCAUCACUUCCAAGGUUAGAAAGUCUAGAUAUAUCCAAUACCUCUGUCACUGACAUAACUGCACUCCUCACCUGCAAGGAGCAACUUAAGUCUCUGACCAUGCACCACCUGAAAUGCUUGAAAAUGACGACGACACAGAUUUUGGAUGUUCUAAGAGAACUGAAAUAUCUGAAUCAUCUUGAUAUUUCAGAUGAUAAACAAUUCACAUCAGAUAUAGCACUUCGUUUACUAGAACAGAAAGAUAUCCUACCUAACCUUGUGUCUUUGGACAUUUCCGGAAGAAAGCAUGUUACAGAUGAAGCUGUAGAAGCAUUUAUUCAACAGCGACCAACAAUGCAGUUUGUGGGACUGUUAGCUACUGAUGCUGGCUACUCAGAAUUCCUUACAGGAGAAGGAAACUUAAAGGUGUCUGGAGAAGCAAAUGAAACUCAGAUUUCUGAAGCACUGAAACGGUACAGUGAGCGGGCAUUCUUUGUGAGGGAAGCACUCUUUCAUCUGUUCAGCCUUACACACGUUAUGGAAAAAACAAAGCCUGAAAUUUUAAAGCUUGUGGUUAUUGGAAUGCGAAAUCACCCUCUGAACUUGCCUGUGCAGUUAGCAGCAAGUGCAUGUGUAUUUAACUUAACCAAGCAAGAUUUAGCAGCAGGCAUGCCUGUUCGACUACUGGCUGAUGUCACUCACUUACUCCUUAAGGCCAUGGAACAUUUUCCCAACCAUCAACAGCUGCAGAAGAACUGCCUUCUUUCACUAUGCAGUGACAGGAUCCUUCAGGAUGUUCCAUUUAACAGAUUUGAAGCAGCCAAGCUUGUUAUGCAGUGGCUAUGUAACCAUGAAGAUCAAAAUAUGCAGAGGAUGGCAGUGGCUAUAAUCUCCAUUCUAGCUGCAAAGCUUUCAACUGAGCAAACAGCUCAACUUGGUGCAGAGCUCUUCAUUGUUAGGCAACUUCUACAAAUAGUUAAGCAGAAAACAAAUCAGAAUCUAGUGGAUACUACACUCAAGUUUACACUGAGUGCACUUUGGAAUCUCACUGAUGAAUCUCCAACCACAUGUAGGCACUUUAUUGAAAAUCAAGGUCUAGAACUCUUCAUGAGAGUCUUAGAGUCUUUCCCAUCUGAGUCGUCUAUCCAACAGAAAGUUCUUGGCCUUCUGAAUAACAUAGCAGAAGUGAAAGAGCUACAUUCUGAGCUAAUGUGGAAGGACUUCAUAGACCACAUCAGUAAACUACUGCACAGUGUUGAGGUAGAAGUCAGUUACUUUGCAGCUGGGAUUAUUGCUCACUUGAUAUCUCGAGGAGAGCAGGCCUGGACAUUGAGUCACGCUCAGAGGACAUCUCUUCUUGAAGAACUGCACUCAGCCAUUUUGAAUUGGCCAACGCCAGAAUGUGAGAUGGUUGCCUACAGGUCUUUCAACCCUUUUUUCCCCCUACUUGGCUGCUUCAUGACGCCUGGGGUUCAGCUGUGGGCAGUGUGGGCCAUGCAGCAUGUCUGCAGCAAAAACCCUGCCAGGUAUUGCAACAUGUUAAUUGAAGAAGGUGGAUUGCAGCACUUAUACAACAUCAAGGAAAACGGCCAGACUGAUCCAGAUGUCCAGCGAAUUGCAAUUGCCAUUCUAGAUAGCUUAGAAAAACAUAUUGUACGUCAUGGGAGACCACCUCCAUGUAAAAAGCAGCCACAAACCAAACGAAACUGAAAGCUGCAGGUAUAAGUUUGUAAACCAUCCUCUAAUAAUCCUUUAUCACGUGUGUUGUUGGAGUUACUUGUACUACAGUGGUCACCAGUGAAGUUAUUUGCUAACAAUUGUGGUACUGGAUACCACUUGUGGUAACUCUUGGGCAAAUGUCUACUUUAAUGACAAACUUCUGAGGAGAUCUAUGAUCAAUGCUUGAUCUAGUCAUACUUGUAGGAUUACUGAUGACUACAGCAAGGUGGGACUUGAAUAGUCUGGAAUGCACAUCCAAAAACAAACCUCUAGGAAUAUCUUGUUUUGUGACUUAAUUGUGGGACAGAGAGCUUGUUUCAUCCCUGUCAUUGUUGAAUAUAGAACUGUUUACCAACUCCGUGUUUGGAUAGAACUGUCUGCAAGAGUGGUGAAUUCACAAUCACAGCUUUUAAACAAAAUUCAUGCAUGCACUCAUGUAACUAAGGUAACCAGAAGUCCGUGGUUAUGGGCCCUCAUAAACCCAACUAAGUCCUUCAAAAACUCCUUUUCAUGGGACCUGCAAGCUGUGUCCUUUGUUCUCCAGCCACUAGAUGUUGUCUUUUCCAGCUGUGGCUUCCCAUGACUCAUCUAUGCUGCCUCUGCAAGGUUAGGAUUAGCACUGCUUUGGUCCCAAAUGGGAAACACUGAAUUGGCUGCUCUGAAGGAAAGCAUAUAGGUACAGGUGCAGUGGGGUACAGGGAAAGCUUGAAAUACUAAGAGGAUAAACUGAGUUUGACUUUCAAAACUUAAAACUAAGGUUUUUUAAGGAAGUGGUAGGAGAAGGAGGGAGCUCCACAUCAGAGUCAAAAUAUUAGUUGAAGUUAAGAUAGCCCUUCUCAUCACAUGGAGCUGCAUGUCCUGACAGGAGAACCAGGAUUAUUCGGUCAUCUUUUUAUAACUGAUUGAUUGCUUUGCCGUUUCUUGUACAAAUUUUGUCAGUAUUGUGCAGUGAUUUGUAUUCCAAAUGCAUUACAGUGCAAAUAUAACCCAACAUCAUAUAUAAGUUCCUUUGUAAAUUGCAUGUUGUGCGGAGUGUGAAAUUUUACAUAAAGUUGUUCAAUGGUUAAAACGUA